GGAUGCAGUAAAUUUUCAUGAUGUUCAACUACUUGGUAUUCGUCAGCAUAGUUUUGGUAGCAGUUGGAGUUGGAGUUGCUGAAGGAACAUGUACUACAGGAGCCGUCAGAUAUGAUCCAGAAUACAGCAAUACAGUUGUACAGAUUUGUUUUAAUAAUAGAUGGGGAUAUAUUUGUGCAAGCAAUGAUGAAAGUCAAAGAAAAAGAAUAUCUAAUGUCAUUUGCCAACAAAUGGGAUAUGCUAAACACUCUGAUACUGGGACCACUCAGGUAUCAAAAGUGAAUCCUGUUCCUACACCUCUUUUUAUACGAGAUCUUCGUUGCUUGAAUAAACCAAUUGUACAACAAAACCUUCUAGAUUGUACGCUGCAAGUUGUUGAGCUAGGAUCUCACCAUCAGUCCUGUUAUACUUAUAGCGACCAUGCCAACUAUUAUGCUGCUGCUAGUAAUUGUAUCAAUACCUCAGUCUGUCAAAAUGGACAAAUACAAUUACUUGAUACUAAUGCUGUAUUGCUCUGUGUAAAUGGAGAGUGGCAUGCAUUAUGUAGUACAACAUGGUCCUCUACUCAAGCACAAGUUGUAUGUAGACAACUAGGAAAAAAUGUAAUAGAAGCUAUGGCAGAUAAUGUUUCAGUACCUGCAAAUAUUUCAGUAUUACCUGCUAACUUUGAAUGUCAUGGGAAUGAAAAGUUUCUUUUUAACUGUUCAGAUUCAGACCGGUUGAUUCCCUCAUACACCUGUAUAAAUCCUUUUAUUAAAGCUGUUGCUGGUGUUAUGUGCAAAAAUUUGCCUGGUCCCCCUUUGAAUCUUACUGUCAAUAGCCAACAGUCAGAUAUUAUAUUACAUUGGGAAUAUACUGAUGAUGCUAAUAAUCUGUCCAAUUUCAGUGUUUACUGUAAGCAUAAUGUGACUGUUAAUCCUCAACUGCACUUGAAUAUCAAAAGUGAACUAAACCUGCUGACAAAGAACAACAGUGCAACACUGAUUGGUUUAUUAGCCAAUACUGUGUACACAUGCUGUGUGUCUGCUGUAUUCCCUUAUAUGGAGACUGACUCAACAUGCAUUAAUGUAACAAAAGGAUUGCAAGAAGCUGGCUCUAGCACUUCUACAACAUCAUCUAUUCCUGCUGCUACUGCUACUGUGGCAUCAUCAUCAUCAAAUGGAGCUAUCUCAUGGAUUGGUGGAAUAUUUAUUGGUAUCAUUAUCAGUGCAGUGUUUGUUAUUAUCUUAUUAUUGAUCAUCAAAAUUGUCAUUACAAGAAGUAAAGACAAACAAUUUAAACCCAACAAAAGGUCAUCACUACAAAGUGAUAAUGUAAAUGUCACAUCCACCGUUUAUCAGUCAAGAGGUCAGACUCAGAAUAUUGGAAUUUAUUCUGAACUGUCACAAAAUCAAUUUGAGCCAUUUUCCAAUGGGAGGGAUCCUGCAAUUCCUACUGCUAAUGAUUAUGAGAGUCCUGUUGAUGUGAAUAUAAUGACUGUUAAUGAUGAUCCAGUUUAUUCAAAAAUUUUUAGAGAAAAAGAGAGAGCAGAUUAAAAUGUAACAAUUAAAUAAUGUCUCAAUUUGUAUUGGUUGAUCAUAGAACACAA